AUGAAGCAUCUUUCUAAAAACCUCCGAAAGAAUUUCCAAUGUGGAGAUUCUCUUCAUGCAUACUUUAAUGCAACAAAGGCAUAUGGUUACGAGGAGUUCAAUGAACCUUUUCAGGAAUUCAGGAAUAAAAGCCCUGAAGCAGCUCAGUGCCUUGAGUUUGAGAUUGGAUUCAAAAAGUGGAGCAGGGUACAUUUUCCAGCCAACAGGUACGAUGUUCUCACCACAAACAUUGCCGAGUUGCUUAACUCAAUGUUGAGGGAUAAAAGAGAGUACCCCGGGUCUGCCAUAUUCACUUCCAUUUCUAGGAGGUUUGCUGAAAUCUUCAGGCAGAGGCAUACAGAUAUCAGCGAUUCAAAUAAUUUAUUUGUGCCUUCGGCUGAAAUAACAUUAAGGGAAAAGAUGACUGAGGGCAAUUCCUUGUUUAUCACUAAUAUAAAUGGGAAUACCGACGAGUUCACCGUAGUCGGCAGUGGCAGAACUGCCGAAGUCAGUCUACCAAACAAAACAUGUUCUUGUAGAGAAUAUGACUUAGUGAAAUUACCAUGCACUCACGCGAUGGCAGCCUUGAGAUUGAAGUAUGGAAAUGGAUAUGGUUCAAGCAUCUACAAGUAUUCUUCACCGAUGUAUAAAGUUCAAUCUUACAUCCAUGCAUUUGCUGAAACUAUCAAUAUAGUCCCUCCAGAGUCUGAAUGGGUUGUGCCCAAGGAGUAUGCAAAGAUGGACAUUGCUCCAUCUCCUUAUGAGCUAAACUUGGAAGGAAGAGAACAAAGCGCAUCCCUAGCAUCGCGGAAUCCUUUAAGCCCAGAGGACGUGUAA